AUGCGGCCGGGCGCUGCUGCUGCAGCGACGGGGCUGGGAGCAGCAGCAGCUGCUGCUGCUGGCGGCUGCUGCAGCAGCAGCAGCAGCAAACGGGGUUGGGCCGUUGCAGGCGCCCGGCUUAAGUGUUUUUGUUGGAGGAACACUAAGUUGGAGGUUUGCGGUGAACGUACACCCGAAAGAAAAGGUUUCGCAGCAGCAGCAGCAGCAGCAGCAGCAGCAGGCGCCCCGCACGCCGCCCCACGAGGUUUCCAGCUAGAGCUGCUGCUCCCUCAGGUGUCUAUACACCCCACGAGUAGCGCCUUUUGCAUCACUGCAGAACAGCAGCAGCAGCAGCAGCAACAGCAGCAACAGCAGCAGCAGCAGCAGCAGCAGCAGCAGUUUCGUGUCUGCGUGGACUUGGGUUUGGGGUGUACGUACAGCCCAAGUUGCGGCUUGCUUCUGGGGUGUAUGUACACCUCGGGAGUCAAAAUGAGCGACCACGAGCUCAGCGAGGGCGAGCGCGAGGGGCCGCAAGAGCUCAGCAGCCCCCAGGCGGUGGAGAAGCUGAAGGCAGCAGCAGAAAUUGCAAAUGCUGCUUUGAGACAGGUGUUGGCGCGAGUGGUGCCUGGGGAAGACGUUUUUGAGUUGUGUUUAUUUGGAGAUUUAUUUGUUGCAAAAGAAGCAGCAAAAGUUUACCAAAGAAAGGCCAAGGCCAAGAAGAUCGAAAAAGGGAUAGCGGUGCCGACGUGCGUGUCAGUGAACGAAGUGUUUGCGAACUUCUCUCCUUGCGAAAGAGCUGCUUCUUUGCUGCUGCGGGAGGGGGAUUUGGUGAAGGUGCAUUUGGGGGCGCACAUAGAUGGUUUUGUUGCUGCUGCUGCUUACACCGUCAUUUGCUGCAGCAGCAACGCAGCAGCUUUCAGCAGCGGGGCUUCUCCCGCAGCAGCAGCAGCAGCAGCAGAAGCAGCAGCGGCGGUCCGCGAGACCCUCGCGGCGCUGCCGCCCGCCCCCGAGGAGUACCGCCAGCAGCAGCAGCAGCUCCGCGAAGCAGCAGCAGCAGCAGCAGCAGCAGCAGCAGCAGCAGCAGCAGGACCUGCUGCUGCUGUCCUCAAGGCCUGCUGGCUGGCAGCAGAAGCUGCGCUGCGCAAAGUCGACGUGGGCGCGAAGGCCAGCGAAGUCACGAAGGCCAUCGAGGCCGUCGCAGAAGACAUGGGAGUCAAACCCAUGCACUGCUGCUGCAGUGGGACAGUGCUGCUGAUGCUGCAAGGGUGCUGA